AACGAUCCGGGAGCACGGCAAUGGAGCAAGAGGAUAGUGAAAAAGUCCGCCAAGGAUAAAUUCAGAAAACGACGUUUUCAUGCUGGAGUUACGCAGAGGAAAUCCAGUAGAUUCUCAAACAGCAUAACUGGGCACAAACUCUGUGAAUUGAGCAGUACUACGUAUAGCCACAAGGUUCUAAAGGCUUCACAAGGACCUCAGAUCCUCACCACUCAUCUACCAUACAAACUACCAAUUCCUGCACUCCAAGACUCCAAAGCAAAGUAAGCGAACUGAUGGACGAGCAGUGCAAGAAACAUUGACAACAGAAAUGAUGAAGAUGUUCAGAAGUUCUAGAUGUCGGUAUUCUCGUCGUCAAGUUGGCUUCCUCACACUUCUUACAUCGGCUGCGUUAAUCUUGUACUAUGUGAACUCAACAGAAGUAUCAGAUAUUUGGACUGAGAUAGAUUGGAUGAUGAAAAUUACAUUCACCACAGAGACAGCAGCUUCAAAUGGCUACCUCAUCGCAUCUGCGCUACAAGGUAAACAAUGUCAACCUGAAACUACAUACCUUGUGGCAUAUCCCUGUAAAUAUCAUUACAUUUUAAAUGAAUCAGAGAGGUGUCAGAAUGAGAAGCCCUUCUUGGUCUUGAUGGUACCUGUGGCACCAAACAACAGGGAGUCUCGGGAUGCAGUCCGUACCACCUGGGGAUCUGAGAAGAUGGUUAUGGACAAAGUGGUGAGCCUUUUCUUUCUGCUUGGUCAGCCUGGACAUGAAGGGAGAGAGGAGAUGCAGCAGAAGAUCUUGCAGGAGAGUGAGGAACACCAUGACAUCAUUCAAAGUGAUUUCCUGGACAGUUAUAAAAAUCUUACUAUCAAAACUAUGGUGAUUAUGGAAUGGCUGGCAACUUACUGCCAAAAUGCCGCCUAUGCCAUGAAGAUUGACUCUGAUAUGUUCCUAAAUGUGAACAGUUUAAUAAACAUGCUUCUCCGGGCACCAAGGAAGAACUAUAUGACGGGGCUUGUGGCCAAAAGGGCUGCUGUUUCCAGAGACCCCAGCUCUAAAUGGUAUCUGCCAAAAGAUGUGUUUCCUGCUGAUUUUUAUCCACCUUAUGCACUGGGAUUGGGCUAUGUGAUCUCCCUGGACCUUUCAAACAAACUGAUUGAAGGAGCAAAGCAUGUCAAAGCUGUCUAUAUUGAAGAUGUAUUUUUAGGAAUGUGCAUGUGGUAUCUUGGUAUACCUUUUACAACUCAGACUGAUUAUAGCCUCUUCAAUGGCUUCUCUGUUUCUUACAGCCGGUGUCGCUACUCAAAACUCAUUGUUGCAACUACACAAAGCCUACAGGAUCAAGUUAACUUUUGGAAAGAACUUAAGAAACCAGGACCACAUUGUCAACCUUGGAUGAGGGCCAUAAAUUAUUUAUGGAGUCUGUAUAUACAAAUUAAGGAUCAAUAAAGCAUAGAAACCUGUGUGCUGAACAGCCACCUUAGUCUAAAGUAGUUACACGCAACAUCUAAAGGGUUUGUGUCAGACAGGGAGUAAUUGAUGCUUUUGCCACCGGACUUGUAGUCCUUUGCCUUUUUAAAUUCUGCAAUUCAAAAAGAGAUUAUAACAUCAUACUUUUGAGAUUGUGCACGUGAGAAAAAAAAACUGAUGCAGAGAAAUGAAUAUGCAAAGUUUUAUGAUGUUUAUUUUUGUGUUUGCUGAGUGUUAAUUUGCACAUGCAAAAAAAAUUAAUGCCUUCACAAUGAAGAAAACCAAUACAUGUACUGUAAAACUGGUUGUGUCAAAAGGUCUGCUAUAAAGAGGACUUUUUUAAAAACUUGACUGCUGACCAUUACACUGCAGUUUAUGCUUUUUGUUAUGUAAUUUGCGGCUACAUGCUGGGACUUAUCUAUAAUCGGGUCCAUACAUUUUGAAACGGAAAUAUAUAUUUUUGGCCUUUAACUUCUGUACACCAGUGUACCGGUGGCUAAAACGCUUUAGUCCAACUUACGUGGCGUAAUAACAUUCUAAUGCUAUUUGCUAUUGGUGGCUAAAACUAGCUCGCCUAACUUUGCCUAAUGGUAACACCGCCUCUGUUUAGAUUAGCAAUAUGUUUAAAGAUUAGUGAUGUGUCGUUUAUGAACGAUUCAUUCUUUUUGAACGAAUCUUUUGACAUGACUCAGAUGAACGAGUACUCUUGGAGAGUGAUUAGUUCAUUCUCUAUUGGGCGCGCAUGCACAAAGCAUAGACGUUCCACAUAGACGUUUCUAAAAAUGAGAUUAGGGUGGAGAAGCAAAAUGUCUGGGAUAGAUGUGAGGUGUGUGUAUGAGUGCAAAAAUAGUCUUGAGGUAUGGAUGCAGAGAGAUUUAUCAGUUUUUGGUAGAGUUUAUACAACUAAAAUGGAAAGUCUGUCUAGAUGCAUCUAUCCGGCAUCUUGCCUUUCUAUUUUUAAUAGAGCCAUUAUCAACCAAAUCAAUUUCAACUUCAUAUGACAAAAACAUGUGCAUUAUAUCAGGAAAUCAAAACUUGUACAAGAUUAUGAAAAUGGACGAUUACAAUAUUUUGACUUUAGCGCUCCAAUGCAAUGGCUGGGAGUACUUUGUUUUGCACAGCACUGUGUAAUAGCGUGAACAGCACAUUCACACGAGAACCACAUCCAAUUUAGCCUAAGCAUGAACAAGCACACAUUCAACAGGUCACACCUUAACUUACACAACAUGGCCGAAACCACUAACCCAAACACCCUUCCCCAACAGGAUCAACACAUUGAAAACCCCCCACAAUGCAUGAUAGCCGUCAGCCGCC